UUGCCUCUGCAUGUUUUGCAAUGCUAACUAGCUUCAUAACAGCAUGACUGUGUGCUGUGAUUCCGACCAGAUUUCUCAGGAAACAUCGGAGCGAGGAGCAAGCUAAUUCCUGAAACAAUGGCAUUCGCUUUUAGACAAUUGUUCCUGCUAGCUGCCGAUUUAAUGCUCGCCUUGGCUCUUUCCUGCUUUCUGUAUGCUUUUGUGUGCCUCUGCAUUGCAUUCCUGACCUGCUUUGUGAUCGUGGUCUCCUUAGGCAUUAUGAAGAAAAUGGAGAGAAAUAUUGACAUCAAAGGAAGAGCCAUUGUGAUUCUAAUGUCCAACAGCUCCAUCGGGCGGACGUUUGCCAGGAACCUGGAUGAGGCAGGUUUCAGAGUGACCACUGCAUGCUGGCCACCUGAAAGAAACUGGGCAAAGGUUCUGAAGAGGGAGUGUUCGCCAAACACGAAGAUGGCACAGCUCCAUAUCUCGGAGGACGAGUAUAAGAUGACAUUGAAAACCUUGAUAGAAAAGCACUUGUCUCUGAAAGGCAUGUAUGGGCUGAUGAAGAAGCCUUCAGUCCUGAUGUGGGAAGAACAGGAGCCAGAAACAAACAAAUUAUCUGAGGAAAAAACGACUUGUAUAUGGAAGAAUGUUCGCAUCACUCCAGCUUUCCUUAUGGCACUUCUCUUCCUCCCUGUGAACUAUGCAGUGACUUUUGCAAAGAAGAAAAGCCUGCAGUUACUUACUAGCCCGAAGAAAUCCAAAAACUGACAGGGAAGGAAACUUGUGGAAUGACUCAACAUGUUAAAAAUGCCACAAUGAAAAAGAGCCACAGCAUGGAGCAACUGGGAAAAGAACUGAUUGAUUCCUGACCUGCUAGAAUUAAGUGCUGAAUGAUAGCUCCAAACUCAUUCAUAAGACAAUGAGACAUCAUUGUGAAUUAGAUCUGGAUGGAAGACUAUUCUCCUAAUUGUAUUGCAGGUCUGUAAUGUACUUUCAAAUCAUAUUUGUAACCGAGAGCACGGGUGAGAUGUUGAAAUUGUACCGGGAUAAAUGAUCUAAGCUGAAAGGGACUAAUGGAAAACUUUUUGGAAAGGCUUCUGAAUGUUAAGCUUUCAAUGUACACUGUGUCAUGAGCUGGCUGAAUCGAUGGACAAAAUGUUGGUCUUUCAUCUCUCAAAUUGCAAUUCAGAGUAACCAUUGCACAUGUGAAAUGUAGUCCAGUCCCAGCCUACAGAAAAGAACCGCAGUUAGAUGUCAAACGAAGCCGAAACUUAACGUUUUAAUUCAACAAUGUCAAAAAAGGUUUUGUUUUGAUUAAAGGUAUUGAAAUGAAAUGUUUUAAUAUUUCUGAAUUGAAAGUUUUGGUUUCUAGCCAAAGAUGUUUGAUCUUCAGGCAAUCUGUUUUUCACCAAAAAGUAAAAAUUUUCUGUGGAAAGCAGACAUUUUAAAUAAUUCACUUGAACACCCAAUUUGCAGUUGAGAAACAGUUUCAAUGGAACUUUUUUAACCAGCCUCUGGUGAGCAAUAACAUUUUGUUCAGAAAUUCUUUGU